GUCAAUCAAGUUUUUCAUCCAGUGCAAGUACAUUGAACCUGCUGCUGAAGGGCCAAAUAACACUGCUAGGGAAGUGAACUUUACAUUAAUGAGCAAUAAUCUCAACCAAUCGCAGCUACAGCGUAACAAAUACAUUACAGCAUGGGAGGGGAGCUUAGCUGCAAAUUUUGGUGGACGAUUUGUCCUGGUCACGAGACUAGUGUCUUAUAGGAAGACUUCAACACCAGAGAAGAUUACCUCUGACUGGCCAAGAACACUUCAACUGGGUCGACUUUUAUGCCGCAAGUUCUUCAGUGACUUUUUAUACCAUGACGAAGAAGAGUACCUGGUCUUUGAGGCUAAGCAUAUUCACCCAAUCUUUGAACAACUAAGGACGAAGCAUUUUUGUGUGACUGUAAAGCUGCCAUCACAGACCAUGAUCAUUGUUCCAACAGACAGAGAUGGCCGGUUUAUCGGAACAAUUUUUCCAGGGCAUUUCCCUCUGUUGGGACCCCGGAUACCCUCCAGAACAGGAGCAGCAGCACAAAGAGGAACUACUGGCAACAAACCAACAGUAGAAAACCAAGGACAGGGGAACCCUUUUAACUCGGUCGCUAGUGGAAUCUAGUAAUUCAAAGUGAGGCCUGUAUCAGAUACCGAUGCUAGGAAGACCGUAUCUUUAUGUUUCUGGCUUUCAUGUGCUUGA